AUGUGUCUUAUCCUCCAGCCAACCUCCCAAUGCAAGGUGUGUCUCCAACUCAUCCGACUCGAAGACGUAAACCAAUUCUGCGCCAACACCGUCAACAUCCCUAGCGGCACUAACUGGGCCAACAUCUCACCUUCCAUCCUAGGCUCCUGCGGCACCCUAAAGCUGACGAGAGUCCAACGCCUUGCUCAGUUCGUCUGCGAACACUGCCGCUGGUCGGCAGAACAGGCAGCCAAGGACUUUUACGAGUUCCUCUAUCCGUCGCCGCACAAGUACUUUGGAGAAUCGGCCCACGGCUUUGCUGAAGAGUUCUUGAGCCGUCCGAGUGCGCCUUCUCCCGGGAAGCAACGUCCGUUUCCCCGGAAUAACAAGGGUAAGUCUUACAGCUUGCCUCUUCUAGCCAUGACCGCAAUCUCGAGAUUCCCGAUCCCAGCUGGGUCGGGUUGGCCCCAGUCUGAGGCGCCGUCUGAGGCAUCAGUUGCCACGACGCACUUGAAUCACCGCUCAACUCUGGACCCGCCGGCGAGAUCCAAGUAUGAGUUCCACUCUUCAUCAAGUGUGUAUUCAUGUACUAGUGAGUCAAGCGAUGAAGACAGUCUGGAGGAUAAUCAGAACGACAGCCGAUGCCUUCGAUGGGCCAAUUCGGUAGACCUUAUGAACAGCAAGCAACAGCCACCACCUCUGAACAUGCUGAUCGAUCAGACCCAGAACCUUCCGGAUACCCCCAAGUCCGCCAAGCAACUCCGGGUCGUAUCAUCUUGGGGCGCGAGAGCCGCUCACAACCCCGAAGAAGACCCCUGGUGGCUACCCGAGACCUGGGGUGCCAUACAGGACCUCACCGACGAUCUUGUCGAAUAUCUCAGCAAGGCUGAGCUUAUUAGCACCUUUCACGGCCACAGUGUUCACGUCUCUCGCAACGAAAACGAUACAAGUGCCUGGGACGAGAGCCUCACCGUCAUCAUCGUGACGCCUGGAGGAACAAGAGCCCGCAUCAUGACUGGGGAAGUGUAUCAGCAGGGCGUAAGCCUGGCGGGCCUCCGCAUGAUUGAUCGGGCUCGGUACCAGCACAUCUCCAAGAAGGAGCAGAAGCAUAUGGAAAAGGCGGGACUCGGCUGCAUCUUCUACCCGUGUAGAGUCGCGAGUUGUCCGCUCUCUCAUAAGAAAGAUCAGCAUCAGCCGUGGCCUUCGAAUGGCGAGAGCUUGCUUGCUGGCUUAGAAAGGGGAUACCGGAUGCGGAAGAACUGGAAGUCUCGGGCAAGUAUUUCUGCCUCUAUGGCGCCGACGCCGACUCCUCGUCAAUAUUCAUCCCCGUUUCUUGUUCGAGGUCGAUCGCCUGUCGUUGAUGGGGGACUUUCCCGCCGUCGACCGGCUCCGCUGGAUCUGACAAAGACAAAGGAAGUGAGAUUCACUGAUGCAGCAGAUGUUACUGAAUCCACCUGGUCCCGUGAAGAUGUGACGCCUCAUCCGAGCAGUCUUCAGACAGCAAUCUCAGAUGAGGAGGAGGAGGGUCCCCUCACGACGCCUGACUGGUUCGAACCUCUCAUGAAUGCACCACUCAAGGUAAAAGGCGAUAUGAUGGUGAAGUACGGGGGUAGAGCUGGUAGAGUUCGACCCCAGAACUACGACUUGAACCCGGCCAGCGAGAGCAAUGAAUCACCACUUCCCCAUGUUCGUUCCGAGACAAGUCGACAGCAGAUUCCCAAGACUUGGGAUGCCUCAAUCUUUGGGCAAGUAUACAACGCCAGAAGGGCUGCGGCUGAUUCAUCAUGCGACGACACCUCCAAGUUGCGUGCCCUACCCAUGCUCUGA